CCAGUCAGUCCGUCGCUGCAGUCCAACAGAGCGGCCAGACAUCAACAUCCCCAGCGUCCGCGGAGCCGGAGCCUUAUGUAGCCUUGAACUGGUGGCGACCGAGCACGCCGGGGCUGGUUAUGACAGUGUAACAUUACAUUGGUGGACAUGAGGACAUCUGCUACCGCGUCAGUUUUGAAAAGGCGGACUAGGAAUCCAGUCCGGCAUCGAUUUUCACCGAGCAAAUGAGAAAGGUGGUGAUGCAGCUGCAGCGGCGCCUACCAUAAGAGACCGCCUCUGUCGGUAGAUAACCAGCGAGCUAGCGUUAGCAGCGUAGCCAAAUAGCUAGCAACUCCAGCGUCAGCUAAUGCAACCAGGAGGCUACGAAAUCCCAGACUUUACCAUCCCCAUGUCAACUAAAAAUUCAACGCCGAUCCAGUCUGGAAGAUGGAACUGAAUGACAAGAGGAUUUGCUCGAAUCGAGAUGACCAUUUCCCUGGUGAGCAGUCACUCCUUCACUGAGGGGCCUCAGCCCGACUCGGCUUCUGCACUGACCGUUGCGGGGAUGAGAUAAUAGAGUAACUCGGCAGGUGCAUGCUGCUACAAGAAGGCCUGUGGCACUUGUAAACCCACCCAACCACCCACCCCUCCCCAAGUCGAGUUCCUUUUCAGCAGUGACAACAUGACGACGCCGGCUCUCCUGCCGCUCUCGGGCCGCAGGAUACCCACUCUGUCGCCGGGCGCCUCCUCCUUCCCGCAUCACAGGGCCACGUUGAGGCUCUCUGAGAAGUUCAUCCUUCUCCUCAUUCUCAGUGCCUUCAUCACCUUAUGCUUUGGAGCCUUCUUCUUCCUCCCGGACAAUUCCAAGCACAAGCGUUUUGACCUAGGCUUGGAGGACGUACUCAUCCCCCACAUCGACUCGCCCAAAGGGGGGAAGCAUGCCGCUGGGCAGGUGGUCAUACAUGGACAGGGAGGGCAUGACGAGCACAGACACAGGGAGGAAGAGGAGAGCCUGCGGGACAAGAUCCGGGCAGACCACGAGCGGGCACUGCAGGAGGCUAAGGAGAAGCUUCGGAAGUCACGUGAGGAGCUGCAGGCUGAGAUCCAGACAGAGAAGAGCAAGGUGGUGGAGGACCUGAAGAAAAAGGAUACAGGGCCCAAACCCCUGCCCCCUGUCCCCAUGCCCCAAGUGGUGGGCGUCAGCGAUGGCGAGCCUCCUGAGCCCGAUGUCAAAGAAAAACGCGACAAGAUCCGAGAGAUGAUGAAGCACGCAUGGGACAGCUACAGACAGUAUGGCUGGGGUCACAAUGAGCUGAAGCCUCUGGCCAAGAAAGGACAUUCCACCAAUAUCUUCGGUAAUUCCCAGAUGGGGGCGACCAUUGUGGAUGCCUUAGACACCUUGUACAUCAUGGGCCUCCAUGAGGAAUUCAAGGACGGCCAGGAAUGGAUCGAACAGAAUUUGGACUUCGGUGUGAAUGCCGAGGUGUCCGUCUUCGAGGUCAACAUUCGUUUUAUAGGAGGACUGCUGGCCGCCUACUACCUCUCUGGACAGGAGGUAUUCAAGCUGAAGGCGGUCCAGUUGGCUGAGAAGCUGCUUCCUGCCUUCAACACCCCCACAGGGAUCCCCUGGGCCAUGGUCAACCUCAAGAGUGGUGUUGGUCGCAACUGGGGCUGGGCGUCGGCUGGCAGCAGCAUCCUGGCUGAGUUCGGGACUCUGCACAUGGAGUUUGUCCACCUCACUUAUCUGACAGGGAACCCCGCCUACUACCAAAAGGUGAUGCACAUCCGGAAGCUGCUAGCCAAAAUGGACCGUCCCAAUGGCCUCUACCCAAACUACUUGAACCCUCGUACGGGUCGCUGGGGACAGCAUCAUACAUCAGUUGGAGGUCUCGGCGACAGUUUUUAUGAGUACCUGCUGAAGGCCUGGCUCAUGUCAGACAAGACCGAUACGGAGGCCCGCAAGACUUAUGAUGACGCCAUCGAGGCCAUCGAGCGCCACUUGAUCCGAAAGUCUAACGGCGGUCUGACAUUCAUUGGCGAGUGGAAGAACGGCCACCUGGAGAGGAAGAUGGGCCACCUGACUUGCUUCGCCGGCGGCAUGUUUGCGCUGGGUGCCGACGGCUCACCGGACGACAAGGCUGGACACUAUCUGCAGCUCGGGGCCGAGAUCGCGCAUACCUGCCACGAGUCCUAUGACAGGACAGUGUUGAAGCUGGGUCCAGAGGCCUUUAAAUUCGACAGCGGCUUGGAGGCGGUGGCUGUACGGCAGAAUGAGAAGUACUACAUCCUGCGGCCAGAGGUCAUUGAGACCUACUGGUACAUGUGGAGGUUCACUCAUGACCCCAAGUACCGGCAGUGGGGCUGGGAGGCAGCACAGGCUAUAGAUAAGUACUGCAGGGUGAGCGGAGGCUUCUCAGGGGUGAAGGACGUCUACUCCUCCAACCCCACCUAUGACGACGUUCAGCAGAGCUUCUUCCUGGCCGAGACACUCAAGUAUCUGUACCUGCUGUUCUCCAGCGACAACCUGAUUCCAUUGGAGAACUGGGUGUUCAACACGGAGGCCCACCCACUCCCUGUCCUCCACUUGGGCAACAUCACCCUGCCGGGCAGCGAGCCGGCCCAGCGGUAGACAGACAGACAGACAGACAGGCCCUCUUUUCCUCCACCACAGCACCAGGGGACGCCACCCUGCCUGCCACCCACCCACCCACACUGGACAAAUAUUACAUUCAGCUCUAUGGACUCGUACUGCUCUCACACUGCAGAGAUGGAAUGGAGGAGACUGAGAGAGCACCCGCCCCCACCCCACACACACACACACACACACACACACACACACAAGCACACACAGACACACACACAGACCACUGCAGAGUGGAGAGGACUUGGACAUGUUAACUCUCUCUCCCUCUCCUGUUCUUUCUUGUUUUCUCUCUCUCUGUCCAUCUCUCUACUCAUUAUCAGGACGGUGGGUGUGCUGCUCAGCCAUGUGAUUGGCUGGGGUUUACUCUAUUUUUCUUUUUCCCCCCGAAGGACCGAGCUCCAAUCAGGAGGCUUGAUUGAGUUUUGUUUUUUUGUUUGUUUUGUUUUGUUUUGUUUUUGACCAAACUCUUCUCCGGUACAGACUCUGAAGCUGAAGCUGGGAGUAAGUACGGAGAUUUGUGAAGGAACACAGCCAGACAGCUAGACACUGUACUGAUGGAAAGUGUAUUUUUUCCAGGCAGACAGACUUGAGGACUCUACAGGGUUUGUUGAUGAGGUUUUUUUUUUUUUUCUUUGCUUUUAUCUACUGGACAAAUCCUCAAUGGGGACACAGGGUUGAAUCAUAACCCUUUGCUUCUUCCCGCCUCGACAAGACCAGACCCACUCUCACCCCCAGCCCCGCCUCCUGUUUACUCUUCAUCAGACAAACUUUGACCUGGAACUGUUAUCGGCUUGUCGCUUUGUGAGCAGGGAGGCAGGGGGGCAGCAGCUAAACAAGUCCCUGCCUCCGGAUCCCCCGCCCCCCCCUUCCCCUUUUCAAAAAAGUGGACCGCUGUAAAUGGAACAGUAACGACGUGAGGAUCCCAUCCUCGCCGCUCCCCACCUCGACGGCUCUCCAGUUUCUCUCGACGUCACCGAGCCCCAGCACCAGCCAUUCUCUUUCCCAACCAUUCUGCUGCUACUUAAUUGGAUGCUGCUUCUUUCUCUUAUCCUUCAACCUUUUUCCAGUCACACCAUUCCAAGAUUCCUUUCCGGCUGUUGUCGUCCACACUCAUGAGCUAUUAUUUCCUGCUUCUUCCAUCCCCAGAUUUGGUUCUUUUUCUUCACAAAGCCACAAACAUCAUUUUCUUGUCGUACUGGCACAUUAAGAGUCGAGGCUAGAACCGGUAUUGCUCAUGUAUGAGUAUAUGUGUGUGUAUGUGGUGGUUUAAAUAACCCCUGCUGUAAAUCAGUCGAUUGUGCACUUUGUUUGGGACGACUGCGAAGAGGAGAGCAAUUUUGUAGCACUGAAAGAGCAAAAUAAAUGAAGCCCUUCCUAUGUCUGUCUGUUGAGCUUCCUCACCACAUAUUCACUCUAAAGCCACCUUUAUUUGUUGGACUCUGUUGCCUAAAUGUAAGUCACAUAAACUCAACAUGUGGUUGGAAAUCUCACUGUGGCUCAUCUUUGGGUUGUUCCUAGCCAGCAGCUCACUUUUUUCCACAGUCCAUUUCUCCUGUGUCUACUUGCGCUCUUAAUCCCCCCUCGUCUUCUGCCUCCUUCUAUCUCAGUCUCCCUCUCAGCUUUCCUGUCCACCUUAAGACGUCAAAAGCAGUGAGGGCCUUUAGUCUCAGGGUUCCUACACAGGUCUGGCAAGCCAAGAACAGUAUGGAAAAUAAAUUUGAUCAUUUCCCAGUCUUAAAAAAGUUUGCGAAUUGCCCAGAAACUAUGGAAAAAUAUUGUUCUAAAGAUCAGAUACACAUUUGACUUGACCACUGUCGUUUUGCAUUGUUAUUUAUUGUAGCGAAGAAUAGCAUCAGUCAUACAUCAUUUUGACUUUGUUGACAUUUGUAUUACCUCGUCACCGUAGUACGUACAUCAUAUUAAAAACCCGCCAGAACCUUCAGAUCCAGUCAAGAAAUAUACGUCUGGAAAAUGGAAUUUGGAAACCGGUGAGAUGGAGGAACCCUGAUGACUGCGUGUCUGUUUCAAAUCCUCUGCUGAGUCUUAAACAUUUCUCCUCAUCUUGUAAUGGUUUGACCAUAGCCUGAACUUUCAACUCUAUCAAGGGCUGAAACAGGAAAUUCCUCGCUCUGUCCUGUGGGAUGUACAGACAGCUCGACCUUGUCCAGAAACGUCUGUACCGCCACAUGCAUGGCCGGCUGUCUGCAGCCACUCCAUUGCUGCCCUCUGUUAUCGCCCCUGUCAUGAAUCUUUACGGUGCAUCCGAAAACCCGGUGAGGGAUUUUGUUCUCUGAUUCCGCGGUCACGCGAAAAUACUUCGUUGCUGCUACCCAACAACGAAGACAAAUUGGCUCGACCUGAAACAGACCGCUGUCCUAGAUGGCACGGAGUCUUACUGAACGCUUGACCUUGGCUAAGGUUACACUUGUCCUUUCGAACCUAACAUCAACAUUUCAUUCAAUUAUCCCAUGUCCAGUUGUUCACUACGAAAGAUUUGUAGGUCACACUUUCUUUGGAUAGCUCCCUCUAGGUGCUCAACAGAAUGACAAAUGUUGGGGCAGGACCUUGACCAACCCGAGGGUCAGGAAGAUGAGAGUAUCAAUGCUCUUGACUAAACCCCAGGCUCAAAUCUCUGUGCACCCUGACCUCUAAUGGUGAAACGUGAAAAGUGCUUGGUCUUGGGUGGCAGGUCACUACUUACUGAUCUCUGGGUGGUGACAUCACCUACCGCCAAAUACCAAGCCCCCUGUUUUCCACCAUUAGAGGUCAGGCUUCAUAGAUUUGGGCUCAAGGUUCGGUUAGGUGACCACAUGGGACAAUUUGCUUCCAUGUUCUUUAAUGUCUGUAGCACACAUGGAAGUGGUCAGGCCUGCAUUUUAAAUGGAACUCAAUGUAUAUUCUGGUCGCAAUCCAGCUCCAGAGUGCUCAAAAGUAGUGUGAAGAGAAAUGCAGGUUUGAGUGAUGACAGCCACAUGAGACACAUAGCAGAUAUUUUUAGGAUGAGUUGUGGACAUGCAGCAGUGUGAUCUCGUUCAGAUCACAUCUUCAGACUCCGACGUCAGAUUUCUCAUCGAAAUGACAAGUGAAACCAUAACCUUUAACUCAAGCCACGUGGAGUCCCCAGGAGAGUUCAAGCUAAUGCUGAAAGGGGGGGACACAAAAACGGCGGCAGAGGGGAAAGAGGAGGUGUUGAGCGGAGCCAACCAGACCUAGAGUGAAGAAAAGCGGCGAGAGAAAGACCACAGGAAUCCUGUUGAUGUUAAAGGUCACGCUAUCCCAGUGGCAUUUAUAUAAUCGCUUUGAUUCCAAAUAACACUUCUAGUAUGAACAGAAAUCAGGCAAACCACUUACUGUUGCUGCUGUAAAGCCAGUGUGGGACCUGCCACCAGCCAAAUCAUUGCAAUGUGGUUUUUAUUUAAUUUCUUUGUCAUGUUAGCAGAUAUCCAGCCACGAUUUUAUAACCAUUCUUAAAAAAAAAAAAAAAAUGAAGUGGGCUGGUAAAAUGAUGACAGUGGACAGUAAAUUUUCUUGCCGUGUGAAGCACAUUUUCUUGUACUCAUUCCAGUUACCACUUAAUGAGGAGGAGUUUGGCUCAGUAACCUGUGCAAUGACUGUACGUGUGUGUGUGUGUGUGUGUGUGUGUGUGCAUGUGUGUGUAAAGGAACACGUGCGUGAGUUAAAUGUUAUGACAUUCUCUGUGGCUGUGAGCUCAUUAAUAGGCCAGUUGGCCGCCUGUGUGUGUGUGUGUGUGUGUGUGUGUGUGUGUGUGUGUGUGUGUGUGUGUGUGUCUGAGAGAUAUGACUAGUUUCCUGACGCGUCCCGUGCUGUGUGUGUAACAUGUUCAGGUGGUGAGGGGAAACUGAGAGAGGGCUGGCCUACUAAAGAUGGUUUUUAUGCAAGCGUUUGGGACUUAGGCUGAGGGGUAGAAGUUGCACUUGGAACCAGGAAGAAUCUUCUUUUUUUUUUUUUUUUUUUAAUAUAUUUGAGUUUGAUUCUUUUUCAUGCCUUAUUGUCAAAUGUGACGCCUUUGGCCAAUACUGUGCUCUUGAUUUGCUUUUGUUUGUCGUUUUUCGUUUUGUUUUAUCAGACUUUUUCUAAGAUAUAAAGUCCUGUUCAUUUUCUAUUGCACAAACUUUGUCUGUCCUCUGAUAUACAUUAACAAUCACUUGGGGGGUUGGGACUUGAGACCAGGCUGCCCCACAAUGGCAAAUGGCAGUAACUGCUCAGAGCAUCAAACUGAGAAGAAAAAUGGCUUUAAUUUUUUUUUUUCUGCCCAACCAAAUACCAUGUGAUGAUGUGUUGACUGACUACCAGGUAAUCCUUUAUCCCGCCUCCCCUCUCACUUAGUUUUGACUAACAAAAAUGGCAAAAUCCUCUUUUUGACCAAAAGUUACUGGCUUUUCCCGUUGUUGGGCAGCAGGGACGCUGUUCAUCUUUCAGCAAAGCCAUAGUGUCCUGUACAUGUAAAAGGCACCGUGUGAUACAGAGUUGGUUGUACCAUAAAUUCUGUUCAUCAGCAGCUCCUCCGCCUUUUCACAUCAUGAUUACGUGGACUGUUUUUCAGUCGGUGGAGAUGGACAUUGUUACGAACUGCAGGCAUGACAUGGACAACAGGGACCAGCCAUGUCCACGCUAAUCCACAGAAAUGUGAACACGCAUCUUUUAUUUCUCCAUGCUACCCCUCUGUUCACAAUGAAAUGGCAUUGAUUACGGUCCACCAAUAACGGAGCUGUUCAAAAACAUUUUCCCAAGUGGAUGAAUUUGAAAAUUCUGGUUUGGCAUUUGAGAUUUUUCACAAUGUAUCACACCACAGUCACAGUUAAACAGCUUUAGAAACAGUUUUUGAUUUGAUAUCGUAGAUUUUAGGCCCCCCGAUUUCAGAAAAUGACGCAGGUAGCAGUUGGGGACAACCACAGCCAUCACCUCAACUUUCAUUUUGGUGCUUUUCAACAUCGGUGCUGUCACGCUAACAUCUGUUCAACAUGCCGGGUUUGGUCCUCAUCGCAUUAGGUAGAGAAGGGAGAAAGUGGUACCACACCUGAGUUUGGUGAGGAGGAGGACAGGCUCAAUUUAAGGUUUCAUUUAGUUCUGUAAUGAUAAUUGUAAUGUGACAGGUUCUUCUAUCUCAGAGGUCAGGCUCGGCUGCAGGUCAUCAGCACUGCAGCUGGCAGGGCUUCAGGGUUUGGAUCAGAGACACUUGAGCAGGGCGGAUGGGGCUGGAGCCCACAUUCCCCAGCCAGAAGACCACUAGGCAGCCCUGUCACCUUUUAGUUUUUAUUUUUUUAUUUUUUAAACAUGUCACUAGAACAGCAAUUGACCUUUUCUUUAUCACUUUAUUGUCUCUGUAUUUGAAGUUUAAAGGACCAUGCGGUGAUUCUUCAUCUUUAGCCUGUUCUGCAAAAUUUCUGCUAAACCUUUCCUAAAGCAAGCAGUCGCAUGUUCCUCCCAUUUCUCCUGCUGUUAGUUUCCAUUCAUUCAUACAGCCAGUUAUCAUUUCAAUUUCUGUGGUUUAUGAUUGUUGACGACUUUGUCUGUCACGGAAGCAGAACAUUAUGAGGUGGCUGUUUCAACCAAAAAUUCAAAUUUGAAAAUCAAGGUAUUUUGAAUAGAUGUGGUGAAAUCUCUGGUAUCCCCGCAUGAUUUGCAAAAUGCUUUAUUGCGAUGUAAAAUGUGGGUAAACUGUAAAUGGGCCAAGGAUUGAAAAUCACUGGUAUGUCCUCUUAACUAGUACCGCUUUCCUGAGUUAGCAGUGCAUUUUCUCCAAUUCCAACAUUGAUCUGAGCUCACCAAUCAUGUGCCAGUCAUCAUAUGAAAUUGUUCCCACCCCAGCCGACCUAAACACUGUAGCCUUUGCAGAAGCUUCACUUUUUGCAGAGUUGUUACACCUCCGCUGCUUUUUUGCUCCACCUCAAAGAAGACUUACUUGGAAACGCCUCUUUCUAAUGCGGUUUGGACAAGCGGAGGCUUCUGCAUUGGCUACAAAUGUACAUACGUGGUAUUUGUGGGGACCCACCCCACCUCACUCCUCCUCAAGUCCCACCACCUUUCUCCAGCCUCCAUCCAACAUGUUGUCCAUCUUUCUGUCCUCAUCUCUAUCCAAACUCUGGUGGCUUCCAUUGUUGCAAUCUACCGUUACAGUCCAACAUCAAGUCUCCUGCCCCAGCCCCCCCUAGUCCCUGACAUCACACUGACAUCAUGCUGACAUCAUCACCUGCAUACGAAUAGGAAGGGAGCCCAGGCGAAACCCGGGCCUCCCCCAAGUCGCUGGGAGCGAUGUUGAUUUUGAAAAUCAAGUGUUCUGUAUUUGUAUUUUUACUGAAGUAAAAAAAAAAAACAACAAAAAAAAAACAACAACAACAUGUAAAUAUGUUUAAAAAUGAGACACAAAUUCAAUAAAGAUGUUAUGAAAAGUGAACAGAAUUUUAAAA